AUGGAAGAGAAAGAACAAAUAAUGAGCUGCAUCAACAGAGCUGACAACGUAAGUAGCUUCCAUGGACAUGGCCACAUGUCAGUUGUUCAUAAGAAGCAUGCAUCUCUGACAGUCGACAUUGAUCGUGGGAAUAAUGGCGAGGCUACCUCUGUACGCUAUAACCCUCUUGCUAUCAUCUGCAUCUCAUCUGCCUCAGAUGACAGACUAACGCCCGGGGAAUUCAUCUCCCGGAACGAGACUUUGGUCUCCGAUGGUGGAGCCUUUGCGUUAGGCUUCUUCUCGCCAACGAAUUCCACUACCGAUUUCUACGUCGGCAUGUGGUACAACGACAUCCCUGAGAAGUCGGUCAUAUGGGUCGCCAACAGAGACAAGCCCAUCACCGAUUCCUCCGCCACUCUUCGGAUCUCCGACGACAGCAACCUCGUCGUGGUGGACGCCAAAGGAGGCCUUUUCUGGUCGUCAAAUUUAUCCGGCCUUGGCGCGCCAGGCAGCGACGCAGCGGCGGUGCUGCUCGACUCAGGAAAUCUAGUUCUUCGAGCAGACAGUAACAGAAUUUUGUGGCAGAGCUUCGAUCAUCCUACGGACACUGUGCUUCCAGGCAUGAAGAUCCAAUACAAUUGCAGCAGCCACUCCGCCAUAUACAUCACAUCUUGGAAGGACGCAGACGACCCUUCGCCGGGGGAUUAUUCCCUCGGCGUCGACCCCAGCACUUGUCUCCAGUGCUUGAUUUGGUAGAAGUCAAAGCCCUACUGGAGAAGCCAAGUGUGGACCCGGAAUUUCUUCUACGGAGAUCGAGUGCCAAACUCCACCUCUCUUGACAUACGUAUCAGUGAUAGCAGACGAAGAUGCGAUCUCCGUGACACUAAGUAUGACAGACUCACUCCUGGGGAAUUCAUCUCCCUGAAUGAGACUUUGGUCUCCGAUGCUGGAGAAUUUGUGUUCGGCUUCUUCUCUCCUACAAAUUCCACUGGUGAUUUCUAUGCCGGGGUGUGGUACAACAUCCCUCAAAGGACAGUCAUAUGGGUUGCCAACAGAGAGAAGCCGAUCAAUGAUUCCUCUGCGACUCUUCGAAUCUCUGAUGACAGCAACCUCGUCAUCGUGGACUCAGAAGGAGGCAUCUUCUGGUCAUCAGAUUUAUCAGGCUUUGGCACACCAGGCAAUGACACAGCGGCAGUGCUGUAUGAAGAUCCUGUACAAUUACCGCAACCACUCAACCAGGUACCUUACAUCUUGGAAGGACGCAUACGACCCCUCACCAGGGAAUUUCUCCCUUGGCAUUGGCUCCAGCACUCCUGCCCAGAUCCUGAUUUGGUCGGGGACAAAGCUCUACAAGAGAAGCCAAGUGUGGACAGCAACCUCGUCGUGGUGGACGCCAAAGGAGGCCUUCUCUGGUCGUCGAAUUUAACCGGCCUUGGCGCGCCAGGCAGCGACGCAGCGGCGGUGCUGCUCAACUCAGGAAAUCUAGUUCUUCGAGCAGACAGUAACAGAAUUUUGUGGCAGAGCUUCGAUCAUCCUACGGACACUGUGCUUCCAGGCAUGAAGAUCCAAUACAAUUGCAGCAGCCACUCCGCCAUAUACAUCACAUCUUGGAAGGACGCAGACGACCCUUCGCCGGGGGAUUAUUCCCUCGGCGUCGACCCCAGCACUUGUCUCCAGUAUUUGAUUUGGUGGAAGUCAAAGCCCUACUGGAGAAGCCAAGUGUGGACCGGGAAUUUCUUCUACGGAGAUCAAGUGCAAAACCCCAACUCUGUGGGAUACAUAACAGUGAUAAAAGACGAAGAUAUGAUGUCCGUGACACUAACUAUUUCUGAUAGAUCUCCUCAUACCCGUUACACAAUGAACUACUCGGGACGGAAGGAGUUCCUGAUCUGGGAUGAUAGCUCCAAGCACUGGAGAAACUUGUCUCUCCCAAAAGACGGGUGCGAAAGAUAUGGAUGGUGUGGUGGAUUCGCGUACUGUGAUACUACAAACUCGGUGUCAGAAUGCAGAUGUUUGGUGGGAUUUGAGCCCAAGGUUGAGAAUGAAUGGGAGAGUGGGAAGAACUCAUCUGGUUGUAUCAGAAAGAAGGCCUUGAGAUGUGGUGAUGAUGGAGAUGGAUUUGUGAAAGUGGGAAGCAUGAAAUUGCCAGACCACUUCGUGUCUCUAAACAACACCAACAUCAGUGGCUGCAGAUCUCAAUGCCAAGCCAACUGUUCCUGUACAGCUUAUGCUUAUUCUGAAUUGCUAGUGGGAAAUGCUAACAUCUCCCGAUGCCUGGUUUGGAUGGGAGAGUUGAUAGAUACUAAUAAGGUAGACAGGACAGGCAAGGAUCUCUAUUUGCGCCUUAUGGAUCCGAGUUUAGAUACACCAGGCAGAAAGAGCAAGACAAGGAAGGUGGCAAUUGCAGCAUAUCUUUCUGCAGCACUCUUUUCUUUGGCUUGUAUCUUCGUCUUAUGGAGGUGCGGUAAGGUAUUAAAAGGUAGGUAUGUCGAUCCCUCCUGUUAUAUGCGAGUUCUAGCAACCAAAUCGUGUAAAGGAUGGAAGGAAACCGAUCGAGACCCAGAACUUCCACAAAUCGACUUCGGAAACUUACUCCUUGCCACAAACAAUUUCUCCGAGUCAAAUAAGCUGGGAAAAGGAGGUUUUGGCAUAGUUUACAAGGGCAAGCUAUCAGGAGGACAAGAAAUUGCUGUCAAAAGACUUGUCAGAGGAUCUGGGCAAGGUUUGGAGGAGUUCAAAAAUGAGGUCAUCUUGAUCGCCAAGUUACAACACAGGAACUUAGUCAGGCUCCUCGGUUGCUGCAUCCAUGGAGAAGAGAAGCUACUUGUCUACGAGUACAUGCCCAACAAAAGCUUGGAUUUCCUCCUCUUUGAUCCAACCCAGAAAACAAAGCUUGACUGGGGGAUGCGAUUCAACAUAAUCAAGGGGAUUGCUCGAGCGCUUCUCUAUCUUCACCAGGAUUCGAGGCUACGGAUAAUUCACCGGGAUCUUAAAGCCAGCAACGUUCUGCUCGACGAAGAGAUGAACCCCAAGGUGUCUGAUUUCGGCCUGGCAAGGAUUUUUGGCGGCAACCAGGACGAAGGCAACACCGACAGAGUCGUCGGAACAUAUGGCUACAUGUCUCCCGAGUACGCAAUGGAAGGGCUCUUCUCCGUGAAGUCGGAUGUCUACAGCUACGGCGUGCUGCUGUUGGAGAUCGUGAGCGGCUUCCGGAACAGCAGCUUUCCCCUCGCCAUGGACUCCCCUAAUCUCCUGGCUUACGCAUGGCAACUGUGGAACGAAGGCAACGCAGAGGAUUACGUCGACCCAUCGAUUGCCGGCACAUGCGCUCGGGCGGAGGUGGUGCGAAGCAUCCAUGUCGGCCUGCUGUGCGUGCAAGACAGCCCCAGUGAUCGGCCAGCCAUGUCUUCAGUUGUUUUCAUGCUGGAAAACGAAGAAGCCACAAUCUCUGAUGCACCCAAACAGCCAACGUUUACGGUCCGAAGAAACCAGAAUCCGCACCGAGGUGAUUCAAGGGAUGACAAUAUUGAGAUGUGUUCUUACAACAACGUGACCAUCACGACGGCGGAAGGACGCUAGAGACUGAUCUCAAAUGUGAUCUCGAGAUGUACAUGGCACAACAUGGAACAUCGAGAUUCGACGACAACAUCUGCUACAUGAUUCAAGAUGGCAUCGAUCGUCCAUGGGGGAGAGAGAACAAAGAAUUAGCUGCAGCAACAGAGCUGACAACGUAAGUAGCUUCCAUGGACAUAUGGCCAAAUGUAAGUUGGUGAGCAGACAAUGUUCCUGAUCCAAACGACAGCCAUGAGAUGGCAUUUGUAUGCAAAACAUUAGAUACUCUUCAACGCUCGAUUCUGA